AUGAGAGCUAAAGCUGCGCCUGCACGGGACUUUGGGAACAGCACCGUUUGGGAGGAGUACGUUGACAUCACCUUUGUGGUGGCAAACAGCUUGGUGCUGUUAAUGACCUCUGUGGUUGGAAUCGCUGCCAACAUUUUUGUGAUACUGGCAGUUUAUCACCAAAAGUCGCUGCAAACUUCGACCAAUGCGCUGGUGGUGAAUCUUGCGAUCAUAGACAGCCUGCGGUGUGUGAUGGACUGUCCCUUCCUCUUGACCAUCGUUGUGGCUGCGCAUCAGUACGGACAUGUGGACGAGAAGCUCUGUGAUGCUCAAGUGGCCUCGUUCUCUUUCUGCUGCUCGAUCCAGCUGUUAACGCUGGCAUGCAUCAGUGCAGAAAGGUACCAGGCCAUUGCACAACCCUUCAAAAUACGCCAGCGAGGAAGACGGAUCAAAGUGCUGAUUCCUCUCACGUGGACCGUGGCGAUUGUGGUGGCUGUUUAUUGUCUCAUAUUUGUAAAGGACUCACCCGUGCACGUAAGGUGCAAAGGAUUACAGAGAGAAAUGUUAGCCUCCUAUGACACCUUUGGACUUUACAUGCUGUUCCCACUGUGGGCCGCCUGCUUCGGUCUAAUCAUUGGAUUCUAUGCUGGCAUAUUUGCCAUUGUGAGGUCACACAAUCGCAAAGUAUUCGACAAAGGUACUUUUCCACUCCCCAAGAAAGAAAAAACAGAGGAUAAACAAAAGACCGAAGAAACCACGAUUGUGGAAAAUGGACAGUCUGAGCAAAAGCAGACCUCUCCACCUGCUGCCCCGGUUGAGCCGGUGACAAAAGCUGAAGUGUGUUCAUCAAAGAUAGAUUCUUCAACUGCUCCACUGACCCCAAUAAAACCUGCACAAUGUGUGUCUGGUUCGGAGAAAGAAUUGCAGAACACUGUGGAGAUAACAGACUUGGAAACAGAACAACCGUGCCCUCCUGCAAAGCAGGUUGCAGUGCGACUGCAGACUGAAGAGAAACCAUUUAAAACAGAGCAGUCCAACCCCUGUACCACGAGAGUGGAAGCAAAACCGUCAAAUAGAGGUGCCGCUGUCAGUGUUAAGAGCUCAACUGCAGAGCCACAGAAGGUGUCAAGCAAAUUUAACACAGAAAACCAAACCAAAGAGAAAGUGGAAACUGACAAGGCACCCACUGAAAUGACAGGAACCAGCCCCCGUGUUCCCUGCUCAGAAGAUCCUGAAUCUAUUGCUGUUUUACAGAUUAAACCAGAACAGGGCGAGGACACAAGUGGAGGACAAACCCCGGCUGUCACAGUAGAUCAAGUGUCUUCAUUACCUCCUGUCGAAGUUAACGCUCCAGAAACAGAGGCUCCCAACAUUGAGGUAGAAGGUGCAGUUUGCAUGAUGCCAUCAAAAGCAAGUAAAGAGAGAGCGAACAAAAAGAAAGAAAGCAAAAUGGCGAAGCGUGCGGGUUACAUAAUUGUAACCUUCCUCUUGUUCUGGCUGCCGCUGAUCACGACUAUCCUGGUGAAUUUAAUCGUUCACAAAAACAAGGAUACACCGAUCAACAUCAUGCAGGAUGUGGAGAUCCUGUCAGUGUCUGUUUCCUGUGUAACGUCACUGACCGACCCCAUAAUAUACGCUGCAGUCAACCCACAGUUCCGCACAGAAUUUGACAGAAUAAGAAAUAAGGUUAAAGCCGCGCUCACCGCUCAGUGA